CGACGUGCGACGUGCGACGUGCCUUUGCAGAAAACGUGGCGAGCCAGGAUCAACAGCCCAAACCUCUUUGGUUUUGUCCCUCUUUUCCUUUUGUCUUCUUGUUUCUUCCUCUGCGUCUCUCGCUUGCUGCUUGCUGCUUUUCUUGAUACUGAACGGCAUGUCAAAUCCGAACAGUCCCCCACAGACCUCGCCUCCCUGCUCCACCUGCUCACCGGCAAUCAACAGCGUCCAUGUCUCGCCCGGUUGUCGCCGGAUCAAGACAGUAAAGAUCAUCUCUCCACCACCCGUCAGAUGUAA